UUACACAUGCGCAAUUUGACAGAAAACAACGUGGUCGUGUUUUUAUUGCACGUGUUUUAAAUUUUGUGCAUUUAAUUAUACUUUCAUUUUAAAUAAAAAAAAAGAGAGAGUAUAUUUAUUUAUUUAAGUUACACAAAAUUGGAGACAAAUUAUUGAUUUAAAAGAAUGGAAACAAAGAGCGCAAUAUUGUGUACAACGUGGGUGAAAAGAGGUGUUGCAGCAGCUGUACCCGAUAAGGUACAAUUAAGUCCAGAGGAAUUAAAAAAUAUUAUACAAGAAACUAAAACAGCUUUAGAUGAUCUUGAGGAAGAUUCAGAUAGUGAAAAUGAACCAUCAUCAUCAAAAGUUAAUGAAAAGAAACAAGUGAAAGUUAAAAAAGAAUCAAAUAAAGACGAAAAUGAUGAUACUGAUGAGGAAGAAGAAAAUGUUACAAUUAAAAAUGCAGGAGAUCAAGAUGAAUUUAAUUUUGAAAAUUACGAUGAUGAAUCUGGCAAUAUUCAUUGUUAUAUUAAUAAUAUAGCAGAUUUUGAAGAAGAUCCAUUGAUAACAGUUAAGGAUGAUGAUGACAAUGAUUCUGAGAAAGAAGACGAUAUUAUUAAACCUAAUGAUAAUCUUGUUUUAAUGGGACACAUCGAAGAGGAUGCCAGUAUUUUAGAAAUAUUCGUGUAUAAUGAAGAAGAAGGAUCAUUUUAUUGUCAUCAUGAUAUUUUAUUACCUUCACAGCCUUUGUGUCUCGAGUGGCUUAAUUAUGAUCCCAGUGAUGCUAAACCAGGCAAUUUGUGCGCAAUUGGUGAUUUUACACCAAUAAUUAAAGUUUGGGAUUUGGAUCUCGUUGAUUGUUUAGAGCCAGCAUUUAAAUUGGGACGUAAAGAGAAUAAAAAGAAAAAAAUUAAACGAAUUGGUCACAAAAAAUCGGUUUUAGAUUUAUCAUGGAAUAAAAAUUUUACACAUAUAUUGGCAAGUGGUUCAGUGGAUAAGACUGUUUUAUUAUGGGAUUUAGAAAAUGGAACACCAGUCACGAAAUUAUCAUUAUUUAAUGAUGCAGUGCAAACAAUUCAAUGGCAUCCAAUAAAUGCUCAUCAUUUAUUGACAGGUUCAAUUGACAAAUUUGUAAGAUUACACGACUUUAGAACAGAGGAAAAAUUCGAAACACUAUCGUGGGAAAGUCCUGGAGAAGUCGAACGUAUAUUGUGGAAUAAUUUUGAUUCUAAUAUUUGUUUCGCUUCUACUGAUAAUGGUUUUAUUCAAUGUAUUGACGUUAGGAAAACAAUACCAUUAUGGAAGCAAAAUGUUCACGAAGGUGCUAUAACAGGUUUAUCGAUGAGUUCUUCUUGUCCUGGUUUAUUGGUAACAACAUCUGACGAUGACACUAUGAAAGUUUGGGACGUAAUUAAUCUUAAUGAACCGCAAUUAAUUUGGGAAAAGAAAACAAAUUUAGGAAAAAUUCUCUGUCUCGAUUCAAAUCCAGAAAAUCCAUUUGUUUUCUCCGUUGGAGGUGAUAAUAAAUCUAAUAAUUACAAAAUAUUCGAUUUUUCCCAAAUAACAUCAGUAUCUGAAAGAUUUAAUGAACGAGAAUUAAUAAAAAUGGAAUCUAACGAGACGGCAAAACAAGAUGAAGAAAUGAUGGAUGUGACUGAAGAGAUUGGACAAAUAAAUCUCGAUUUAUCCGCGAAAAAAAUGCGCAAAAAAAAGAAGAAAGGAAAGAACGAAAACUAAACUUUAAAAGUUAGGUAAUGUAAAUAAUUCAAAGUAAACAUUUUUAAUGUUUAAAUUUCAAUUUUAUGAACUUAUUAAAGUACUUUUUUUCUAUUAUAUAAUAGUUUCUCUUUAUUAUGUAGUUAAAAAAUAAAUUGGAAAAAUUCAAUUAGA